AUGUCCACACAGAAGGCUUUGAUUUUUCCUGAGAAGAAUGGCGAGUGGAAAUUGGCUGACCGUCCCAUCCCCACUCCCGGCCCCGAGGACGUUCUAGUGAAGGUCGUCGCAGCGGCCUUGAACCCCGCUGACUGGAAGAUCCCGGACUACAACAUGAUCUCCGCAUAUCCGUGGAUCGCUGGCGGUGACGGCGCAGGCAUUGUUGAGCAAGUCGGCUCUGCAGUGACCAAUGUCGCAAAGGGCGACAAGGUCCUCUUCGAAGCAGACUGGGUGACAGUCGACAAGGCGACGUUUCAGCAGUACGCCGUCGUCCCUGCGCAGCUCACCGCAAAGAUCCCCGAGAACAUCUCGUUUGAUCAGGCUGCGUCCGUCCCGCUCGGACUCGCCACUGUUACGACCGGCCUCUGGAAUCACCACCCCGAUGCGAAGUCCGUCCACUUCACUGCGCCGUACGAGGAGGGUGGGCAGACCAAGUACGCGGGCAAGCCCGCGUUCAUCCUCGGAGGCUCGUCUUCAGUCGGGCAAUAUGCCAUCCAGGUAGUGAAGCUCUCCAAGUUCUCGCCCAUCAUCACCACCGCGUCCUCCCACAAUGAGGCGCUCCUCAAGUCUUUCGGCGCAACUCACGUCCUCGACCGCUCGCUGCCCGCGUCGACGCUUGCCGCCGAGGUCGCGAAGAUCGCGGGGGGCAAGCCCGUCGAGUUCGUCUAUGACGCGAUCUCGCUCGCGGACACGCAGGCACUGGGCUACGAGGUCCUCGCGCCGGGGGGUGUGCUGGUCGUCACGAACCCCGUGGCGAUCCCUGAGGAGAAGAAGAAGGUGGGCGACAACAAGAAGAUCGUCAAUGUUUUCGGGGUUGUGCACACCCCGGAGAACAGGGAGUUUGGUGCCGAGCAGUACAGCAGGCUGACGGAGUGGCUGAAGACGGGCGUGAUUGUGCCGAACCAGGUCGAGGUGCUGCCGAACGGCCUUGCAGGUAUUCCGGAGGGUCUGGAGCGGCUGAAGAACAACAAGGUCAGCGGGGUCAAGCUCAUCGCCCGCCCGCAGGAGACGCCGUGAGGUCUGGAAUAAUGUUCAUCAGUGACUCCUCACUGUCUACCCUGUAUGAGAAUGCUUGCUCUGGAAAUUCGAAGUGCGUUGUCCGC